AUGAUGUUGCAAAUAGACGAUGUUGCAGUGCGUUCCCAAUGUUUAUACGAAGACAGUAUGCUUCGACCUGUAUUUCUUUUUAAAAUAUUAUUGUUAUCAUUAGUUAUUAAUUUCAUAUUUAUUCUGUAUCUACUAAUACGAAAUGCCAACCAGCAGUUAUUUAUAAGUCGAAAUGAUGUUAAUCAUGAACGUUAUCAGGAUUAUGCCUUUCGUGGUUUUAAUUUUAAUCCCGUAUCAAAUGGCAUCAAACUUAUUCCUAUGCCGGCAUUCGUUCGCACUGAAUAUUCCAAAUUCGUAAUAACCGACCAAUUUCGUCUAGUCUCAAAUGAAAAAUCUUCGAAGUAUCUUGAUUUAGCACUUAAGCGUUAUUCGACAUACAUCUCAACGUUAACAAAGCUUUCAAUAAAAGUCGAACUAGCUUCUUCGUCGAACCCUGAGAACAGACUAACUAUCUAUUGCGGUUCGCAAAAUUGUAAAAGGGAUAGCUAUCCUGAACUCAACGAAGACGAAUCUUAUAUACUCAAUGUCACAGAGACUGAAUCGUCGCUAUCAGCAAUUACAUUGACAGGUAUCGUUCGAGGCCUUUCAACAUUCGUCCAACUGAUCGAACGAGACAAGUCAUCAGGCACAGUUUUUAUUCCCUGUGUGAAUAUCGUUGAUCGACCCCGAUUUCCAUGGCGUGGUCUAUUGCUGGAUGUUUCUCGACAUUGGAUGCCGAUACCAGUCAUCGAACGAACAUUGAAUGCAAUGGAACUGAGUAAAAUGAAUGUUCUUCAUUUGCAUCUGUCAGAUGAUCAAGGUUUUCGUGUUGAAAGUCUGGUAUAUCCAUUAUUACACGAUCGAAAAGAUUACUUUAGUCAAAAAGAUAUUCGAUAUCUGGUGGAUUAUGCUGCCCAGCGACGUAUUCGUCUGAUACCCGAAUUUGAUAUUCCAGGUCAUACGACAAGUUGGUUCGUUGGCUAUCCUAAUUUAGCUGCUGAGCAAACUCGAUAUGAAAUAAGUAUACGAUGGGGAAUGUUAAAAUCAACUAUGGAUCCAACAAAAGAAACGACAUACACAUUUAUCGACAAAGUCCUCCGUGAAAUGACUGAAUUAUUUCCAGACCCGUAUUUUCAUAUCGGCGGUGAUGAAGUUGAAGGUACUCAAUGGGCACAAUCGCAAUCCAUUCAACGAUUUAUUCAACAACAAAACUUAAAAGAUAAGUACGGUUUACAAGCUUAUUUUAAUCGACGCGUUCAAGCCAUGCUGAAGAAAUAUAACAAAGUGAUGAUUGGUUGGGAAGAAAUACUCGAUCAAGUUGGUGAAAAAUCAGGCCUCGAUAAAAAGGCAAUUAUACAGUCAUGGAAAAGUCGAAAGUCUCUCACUGAAACAAUUGACAAAGGCUAUCGAGGUUUACUUUCAACUGGCUAUUACCUUGAUCACCUUUCUUCCACAGACUUUCAUUAUAAAAACGAUCCGAUACUAGAUGACGAACUAUGGUUAUUCAAUAAAGAACAACAAAGUCAUAUUCUCGGCGGUGAAGCUUGCAUGUGGAGUGAAUAUGUCUCACAAGAUACCGUCGACUCUCGUUUAUGGCCACGCUUAUUAGCUAUUGCCGAGCGUUUUUGGUCGCCGUCGUCCAUGAAUGAUACACUAUCCAUGUAUGAACGUCUGUUUCGUAUGAAUCAUUUACUCGAUGAUUUACAAAUCGGUCUUACGCAUUUAUCUCUAUACAAAAGUCGACUAGAGAAUUUAUUCGGUGAUUCCAAUAAAAAGAAGGACCUUCUGCAUCCGCUAAUGAUUUUAGCUGAUGCUUGUGAACCAGGUGGUUUUGAACCACGUGCUCAAAGUCAAAAAUAUCACGCUCUUGUUCCAUUGACAACUUUUAUUGACGCUCUUCAGGCUGUGAGUGAACCUAUCUGGAAAUUAGAAAAUUCUCCUAUUAACCACAACGUUUUACAUGGUGUGUUUCAAAAAUGGUCUCUCAAUCACAUUCGUCUGAACUCUCUCUUCGAUGAUCCGAACAUCGGUAAAAUAAAACAAGUGUGGGGACAAGACAUCGAGCAGCUCUCGAAAAAUCUUGCUCAGGUCGGUCGGAUCGGUUUGACAGUGUUAGAUUACGGUUCGAAACGAGCCCAACAUCAGGACAAGAACAAUUCGAUGAAUUCCUGGCCGAUCUUGACUUGGAUCCAAUAUUAUAGUCAACAAUUAGAUCAAUUGGAAAAUCAAGUGAUGGAAGUGCGCUUAGUUGCUGUGAGACCUGUUCGCCGCCUACUUAAUUCUAUUAAAAUAUUUAUUUGA